CCAACGGUAGUGGUAACGGUGAAUUCGUACGUACGCGUUUUCAACGCAAAAAUCGCUCGUUUUGCUAACAAGUGAACGAUAUCAUUUUAAUAAUCUGCGGCUGUUUUGAGGUAGUGACCGUUAUGAAAAAUAUGUUUUAUAAUGAAAGCAAUAAAUGCGAAUAAAGAGCAAGUCAUUUUUGUUGCCAAGUGUUUAAAAGUUUUCUUAAACAAUCCAACCAGAGAUAGUGCAUUGCAUAAUCAGCAUUUGCAUAUAAUAAAAAACAACAAAAAAAAUAAAUGAAGUUAACCUACAAAUUAAGUACAGCUUUAAAAGGUGUGUGCAUUAGAAAAUUAGAAAAUCAGGCUACCACUUGCUUGCUGUUUGCUGCGAGUUGGCUGGCAUUUCAACAUCGCGAAACGAAAGCGUGUCGAUUGAGUCGGUGAAAAGUCAAAGUCGCCUUUGUUAUUAUUGUUUUUGCUGUCGAAAAGUGCAGUGUGUCGGUGUGUCACAGUACAGCGUUGCGUCGGCGGCAUCAGCAUACAUACUUAUGUAUACAUGUUCGCACGAAGAGGCUUAAUUUAAGACGAAAGUCGGUCAGUUGGAAGUCUCGGUCGCGGUGCUGAAGUCGCAAGCGUUCGCAAACGAAAUUGCUACAGCCUCAGUCGUGUCGUGCUGCCACUUUAGCAAGCUGACAGCGAACGCACUAAAGCAGUGCGUCUAAAGCAUACCUGACCCCGGUUAAUGUCAAACGGUUUAUCGGUGUGUUUGUGCAUGGACUUUAGUUCGACAAUAAUUGCAGUAACAAUUGGGCGAACGCAUUGCCCAGCUGAGGGUUAAACUUGAGUGCUAUGAGUAUGUUGAAACAAAAAAAUUUUAAAAUGCUGAAAAUAACGGUGAAGGUUAUGAAUAUAGCUAUUUAAACUUAAUUUCAAUUUUAUAAUUUUAAAGCAAGCAUUUAGGCGUGCAGUGUUAAACAGAGAUGAAGCAUUGAUAAGGCGCAUUAUCAAGCAUAAAUUUAGGCGUGCAGUGUUAAUCUGAAAUGAAACGUUGAUAAGGUUAAAUACCAAAAAAUAAAAUAAAAUUUAAAAAUACUAAUGAAUCUAAUUUGAGAAUUCCGUAAAAUUUUCGCCAAAAUAUCUUGCGCCUAAAAGUACACAAUAAAUGGCAGACGAUUUCAAAGCAUAAAGCACACACUUUUUAAACAUGAAUAAACUGAAAUAUUAUGAAAACCGAAAUUAAAUGCGACCACAACAGUAGUUUUUACUAUAAGCUAGCAUACAUUGAGGCUUAACAAGACAACUGUUGCUAGCAGCAAACAAGUUCAACUGAUAAACAUCAAUUAAAAUUCGAAGGCAUAUAAAAUUAAUGUGCUUAUCGAAUAAAUAAAUUAUUUUUUCCAAUAGCAUAACAUGCGACACGUGCGGUUGCUAGGCAAAGCAUACAUUUAAGCGCCAAAAAAAAUAAGAAAGUAAUUGCGGGCUAAUAUUUGUGUUGAAAAACAAUUGUGUAAAGGUAUUUCAGUAACGAAAUAAAUAAAAAUAAUACACGAUAACAAAACGGCAACGACUCACUUAAUACACCGCCUAAAGGUAUGCUAAAGUUAUGUGCGACGUUAACCUAACAACCUCGAGUUUUUGACAUAAACGCACAAUACACCCGAAUGAGCUAAGCGACAGCUACAAAGCAUUGAAGCUAAACUUUGCACAUAUUUCUCACAAGUCUAGCCUACUUUUCGGCACUUUGGCACUUUGAAAACAAAAAGCGUAAGCAUUUGUCAAAUGUCGGCACAACUACUACGUAAUUGAAGUAUUUACUCGUAUUUACUUUUUCAUAUCAAGUUAACAAGUUUGUGUCAAGUAUUUGCGCCUUAAAUUAUGCCAGCUUUACUUUCACUUUGAGUGCUCUACAAACUUUGACGUAGGCAGCAAAUCUGUGCUUGCACUAAAUAUAAAAAACAGAAAUAAAUAAAUAAAUCUGUAGCCGCAGCAACAAACCCGAAAUAUUUGUGUGUAAAAACGGAGAAAAAAACGACAGAAAUUGAAAGCUCGAAAAAUGUAACAUACUUUCAGGCGCUGCGAGACAUGCAAAGUGCAAAGAAAAAUUCUAAAGCUUGAGUGCUGGUUUUGAGUGGCAACAAAUUACCAUUUCACAUUCCAUAUUAGAUACCUUUUCCGUGCGCAGGCAGCGUAUGGCAAAACUUUGCGUCUAAAAGUUAAGUUAAGUGAGUUGUGAAUGUGUUAGAAAGUCGGUCAGAAGCAAACAAAAACCAAAAAAAAACACAAAAUCACAAAGUCAGUUUCGCAUUUGGCGAGUGCGUUUGUCACGUUUGUAGACGUGCAAAAAGGUACUAAAGCACAGGAAAAAAAUAAAGAAAAGUAAAAAUAAAAUUGAAAAGUUGCUGCGAGUAAAAGUGGUUUUGCGCAUAUUUCCGUUGCAUACUUGUUGGCGCGUAACCGAAACUUUCGUGCAUAGCACACCUUUUGCCAGCAGUUUGUAACUGAUAUGUCAUGUCGGCUGUCGACUAACUAACAGCGGCACUCACUGUCUAGCUGACUUGCAGUCAAGCGAAAAGUCAACUUCUCACAACAGCGAGGUGCUGGGGCGUAUACGUAACCCACAACGUGUGCGCGUUUGCCGACGUGUUGGUGUGUAUGUGUGUAGUGCGUUUGUGGGCGCAUGAAGUAAUUCAUUUUACUUAAAUGUAAUCAAAUUGAACAUUGUAAAAUUUGUAGAGUGUUCAUAGGCACGCAUGCAAAUUUUUCAAUUCGUGCGCGAAAUUUUAUUGUGGCAACAAAUUGUGAGAAAAUUGCAAAGUGCGAAGAUUUUUAUGACCCCUUAGAUAACACGUAAAAAUCAAGUAAGUGUUGGCUGUUGGUAUUAGACGCCCUAAAGUAUGCAAUUUAUAUGCGAAAAGUACAACAGCCAAGCCUGCUGACGACUUUUGGACUUUUGCCUUUCGCCUAACACCGUUUGUGUGACUGAUUAUUGUCGCGAGCGUACAGUGAGCACACGUGGAGGACAUCAUCUGGCGACUGUAAAUAAGGAUUUCAUAUUCGUAGCUCGUAAAAUUUGCAAGGUUACGCGAAUUUAUUUCCCCAUCGGAUUUGGGGCCCCCAGCAGCAAUGCGACAAAACUGCAUGCACAUGACCGGCAAUUGUGGCAUUGAAUUUGUGUGCGAAUGAAAUAUAUGUACGCAGCGACGAACAAAUUUAGCAGGUGGCAAAAGGUGGGCGUGCAAAAUAAAUACCAGCCGUACAAUUCCAAAUAAUUGCCACUCAAGAACACCUAUCAACAAGCGCAAUAACAACAACACUAACAACUACAAAUAUUACUAAAGCAAUAACGAUGCCGACUUAAUGAAAAGGAAGUGAAAGAGACGAGUUGAAGACAUCGAAAAUGAGUGUAUGCGUGUAUGUGUGUCAGCAUUAAAUGAAAAUGCGAUGAACAGUGCACAACAAGCUCAAGUCGUAGCUGACGCUGACGGGCUGAGCGCCGUUGACAUGUGAGCCGACGCGCGUAGCGAUUCAACGCAAAUCGACGGCAACAAAAGGAUAACCGUUAAGGGAUAAGAGAAACGACAUCACGUGCCAUAAUAAUACUGUAAAGUGAAACCAAUUAAAAAGGCGCGUGAUUCCAGCUGAGCGACAAGCUGGAGGCGUAAAACAGGCAACAGCCGACGGGUAAUUUUAAAAUACAACAAAAAUAAAAUGAAAGCCUAAAGGCAGAACCGAAACAAAAACAAAACAGAAUACAACGGAAGUAAAUUUACAGGAGCAACAACGGCGCAGGCAUCCAUGUAGCUGCCACGUUUUCCUUUUUUGUGCUGAAAGAUUGAUAAAUAAUGCAAGCAUGUUUUUUCCGCAAAAUAACGGUAUUCUGUAAGAAAAAGUGAACAAAAAUAAACAACUGACAAACACAUGCAGGCCAAUCGCAUACGCGUGGCAACGGUUUUUGAGUGAAAAACGUCGGAAGCGUAAAUGAAAAGCGGAAACGGAAGCGACGGUGAUUUUGUUGUGAUUUCAUUUAUAUGCUUUUGCUUUCUUUUUGUUCCCUUAACAAGCGGCGAAAAGAUGAUAUAGAUUUAAAAAUAAAAUUUUCGCCGUAACGCCGGACAACAGUUUUAUUAACGCGUUAAAAAUUAUAAAUGCAACAACAAAACUAAACUUGAUUUCACACCAGCCACCAAUAUUUCCAGUCGUAAUAAUAACAAUAGCAAUAACAACAGUAGCAGUUAUAAUCAGCACGUAGCAAAUAAGAACGCCGCGUGACGCCAACUGCUGCCACGUCUGGCUGCUCAACGUCACUGUUAACGGUUAAAAUAAUUACUAACGGUAUUUAUUUAUGCUCACAUACAUUUGCAUGUGUAGGAGAGUGCGCCGGAAUUUCGUGGCGUUUUUAAUGACCAUUUUUUCGCACUUAAUUUUACUUUACGGACUUCAUAUGCCAUUUGAUAGUACGAACCCGGAAAGAGCAUUUAUGAAAUUCGAGCGAAUUUAAACGUCUGCUUUUGUAUCGGUUUUACAUACCUUCAUAUAAUACAUGUGAGCGUUAUCGCUAAAUUUGCGCGAAAUUUAAGUACAACAUUUAAUUGAAUUUGCACACACUUUGUGUAUUUAACUCGCUGCAUUAAUUAGGCUUUUAUACACUCAACUAACCGAUGCAAAGAACAACACUAACAACAACAAAGCAUGCUAUAGUCCUUUAGCAAGUUUUUACUUUCGUAACAAACACAACAUAUCGAUAAAACGUACAAUAAUUCAUAGUAAUAACAGAGAACAUAAUUAAAUAUAAACAAACGGUCGAGUGAAUUGUCAGCCAUUUAAUAUUUUGUUAAUGCACGUCGACGACAAAAUCAUCGCUUGAACGCAAAUCCAUCAAGAAACAAUAACAAAAUGACACAUUGGGUGCAGAUACUGUUGGCGUUGCUGUUGUAUGCAGGUUCCCUUGAGGGCGCCUCAAAACGCUUUUUCACCGAUUUUCUACAAGACAUGCCAACACCCGGCACUGGCGGCCCCACAUUCGAUACAACCGUACCGACGAAUAUAACGGGGCUGGUCGGCAAAACGGUGAAACUAACUUGUCGAGUGAAGAAUUUAGGAAAUCGAACUGUCUCUUGGGUGCGUCAUCGUGACAUUCACCUGCUGACAGUCGGUCGUUACACCUACACGUCGGAUCAACGCUUCGAAGCGAUGCAUUCGCCACAUGCCGAGGAUUGGACGUUACGUAUACGCUACGCACAACGCAAGGACUCGGGCAUCUAUGAGUGUCAAAUAUCAACAACACCACCGAUCGGGCAUUCCGUCUAUCUGAAUAUAGUGGAACCCAUAACAGAAGUAAUUGGCGGACCAGAGUUGCACAUAAACAAAGGUUCAACAAUCAAUUUGACUUGUAUUGUCAAAUUUGCACCAGAACCGCCGCCCACAGUCAUUUGGUCACAUAAUCGAGAGGUCAUAAAUUUUGAUUCGCCACGCGGUGGUAUAUCAUUAGUAACUGAGAAGGGUGUAGUCACCACCAGCCGAUUAUUGGUGCAAAAGGCCAUACAACAGGACUCGGGACUAUACACCUGCACGCCGUCAAAUGCAAAUCCUACAUCGGUGCGCGUGCACAUCGUUGAUGGUGAACAUCCCGCUGCUAUGCAUCAUGGACACGCCACACCACAAGUCCAACCACCGCCUGCUACGCUGCUACUGCUCUUGGCACUCCUAGCCAUAUUACUGCUGCAAGAGCAACCCAGCCAAUCGACAGAAAAGCAAAAACAAAAGCAACACCAACAACCAGAAGAAAAUCGAGCUGAGCUGCCACAGCAAUAUAAACUGCGUCAACGCAUCCGAUGGAAGUGGUGGCAAAGCAAUCAACUAUGGAAUGAAAAAUUUGCGGUCUACCAACGAACAGAGCCAUUCACCAUGGAAUUGUCACAAAUGGUAAGAGGUCACGCGCAAGAGCGGGUGGCGAAAAUGUGUCCAAAUGCAGCACCAAUGCUUUUACUGCCACCACAAAAGACGCAAAGACGUCGGGAGACCGACGACAAGACAUCAGCAGCAACAUAGCCAUCAGAUGGCAAUUGGAAUAGAGAGUAGAAUGGCACUCGAAUUGAUGUAAAUUAAGUUCCCAUCCAGAUCCUAAUAGUUAAACGAAAACUUAAAGUACUUUUUUAAGCGCUUUAAAGGGUAAAUAAUAAAUAAACUAUGUAAAGUAGGUGCGUGUGCGUGUGCGUCUGUAAGAGCAACGGUGUGGCUGCGUUUAUGAGCGUACUUGUUAGGAUAAACCAUGAUUUAGAGUAAAUACAGUUAUUAUCAAUAGGAAGGUAAGGGAUUACCAUAAAAUAUAGAUUAGCAUGAAAUUGACAAUUACUUAGAGAGCAAGAGUGAAAGAACUUAUAAAUAGAGAGUAUGGCAAAAACAGAGAGAUUAACAUGACAAAUAUUGUAUGCAAGAACUUUUUUAAGGUUCUCGCAAUAAAUGACUGGUACGGUGAGAGUAAGUCUAAACAAACUACCAGCUCUAUUAGUAUGUUACAAGAAUUUCACAAAACUCUGAUUAUAUGUAUGUAGAUUAAAGUGUAAAUUAUGGUUGGCGGUGAAAAAACUUUUAGUAAAAUCUAAAGAUUAUUUGUGGAAUAAAAUGCACACAGAAAAUAUCAAAUAUAUAUAGACUUUUUAAACUUAAAGUAGGCUUCUCAACACGAGAACAGCGUAAACAUAUUCAUUCUUUUAGUAUUUGGACAAGCAAAGAAGCAUACUUUUAGGAACGGUACUCUUAACAAAAACUAACUGUCACAAACUAUAUCCAAUUAGCCACAGCAUUUCUAAAUUUCAUAAAAAUUAACUUCGAAAAUCUUAAUUUGCCAACCACUAAGUACAACAACAUUCUCUACACCCCACGCAAUUUUCACAUUUCAAAAAAGCUACGACUGUCUGUAUGUAUUUCACACGUCACCAUUGAACGCAUUUAAUCAAUAUUUAAUAUAUUUAAUAAACGUAUCGACAUUAAGCGUAAAAGUUCACACAAAAUUUAAUGUAAACACUUUUGUAUAUGUAAAUUAAUUUAGAUAGUGAAAGCGAAACAAAAACAAAAACUUUGUGUAACUAUUCUCAAUGUACACACGACUAAAACAGCAUUUAAAAACAAUAGUUAAAUUAAUUGUGGUAAGAAUGUUGAAAAAUAGAUAUAAAAGAGCAAUUAAAAUAAAAGAAAUUAAAAAUAAUGGUAAAAUAGAAGGCGAGUCUACAAACACAUAAUUAUAAUAAAAAUAAAUAAAAAAAUCAUAAUAAAAAAAACUAGACUUAAAACUAUAAAAUAUGUCUAACAAAAUAGUUACAAUUAAUUUGUAUUUAUAGUUUUAGUAAGGAAUAUUUUUUGUUAUAAAAUACUGUAAAUAAUUGAUCAUAGUUUUAAACAGCUGGAAUGUAUUGCUCUAAAAUCCCAUUUGUAUAAGUUUGGUUUUGAUAAAAACAGCAAACAUUCGGUAGGUUAAAGCAAUAAGAGGGCAUUACAGCGGAAAUAUAUAAAGAACUUACUUUAGAAGCAAAUACAAAGAAAAAAUAAAAAAAAAAUACAAAAGAAAACAAUAAAAAAAUAAAAACGUUAGAGUAUAAUAAAAUACAAUUUAAACAAUAAAUGUUACUUUACGGUAACAACAAAUUCAUGCUAACUUAAAGAGGAAAUGAAAUCCAGAAAC